GCAACCAUGUUUCAGAACGUACCUAAUGAAUGGGCUAAUGGAAUCUUCAGGGAUGUUGACAACCUCACAGAAGAGAGGGUGGAUGAGGUACUAAAUGAAUAUCUUUCAGACUUCACAGAGGGCUUGCUUGAAGCCAAUGACUGGCCUACAGCGUACACCCUAGCCAAAGCGAGUAUGAAUGCUUACACAAGGAUUACUGCUGAGAAGUUCCCUAGUUUCAGGGUGAAUUGUGUCUGUCCCGGCUAUGCGAAAACAGAUAUAAACUUCAAUACUGGCAUAUUGACGGUAGAAGAAGGUGCUGGAGCUCCAUUGAUGCUAGCUUUACUGCCCGAUGAUGGUCCUUCUGGGGCGUUUUUUAUUCGCAGGGAAUUGUCAUCUUUUGAAUGAAAAUGAUUAUUUAUAGAAACAGAUACAGAUAAUUGCAGCAUCUGAAGGCAAUCUCAUAUAUUUUCUUAUUAAAUGGGCAGGGCCUGUACUGUAAUACAUUUUGUUCAAGUUCAGUUCAUUAUUCCCCUUUCCUGUUUGUCCUACUUCAUAGCCAGUAUUUAAAAGUGAAGGACUAAUGUGCUA